AUGGGAGGAAUAAGGGGAGAGAAGAGAGGGAACCCUUUGUUGAGAUGGAGUAUGAAACAAGAAAGAUUCAGCCAUGGCUUCUCACAAUCUGAUCUCCAAGCUCUCUCCGCCGUUUGCGAGGCUAUUAUGCCUCCUGUUCGAUUAGAGAGCUUAGAUCUUGAGAUGAAGUUGAAGGUUUUACGCAACGAUGCACUCUUGUCUUUCUUCAAGUCUUCUACUGCUCAUGUUAGACCUGAUGAGGUGGCAGAGCUACUGGCAACAAAGGCAAUGAAACUGACAGUUAUAGUGGUGAGGAUAGUUUUGAGACUACUCACAUUCAGACUGGGAACGUUGCUGCUUUGCGGGUUUGUGUGUCUUGAUGACAAGAAUUGGCCUUUUCUUCUCAAAUUCUCUGAUGUCUCGCUUGAGAAAAGGGAAAAGGUUCUCCAGAGAUGGAACAUUCAGUGGUAUAACCCUUUAGCAAGAAUCGCUUUCAUGAUGAUCAAAGCCAUCUUCUUGUUCUACUACUUCACAUGGAUGCAUGAACAGACAGAUGAGAACACAGAAAACCCGGCAUGGGAUGCAAUUUGUUAUAGUGUGGACUUGGGUGAAAGCAAGGACAUGGCACUCAAGGAAAGGCCUCUAGAUAAAGGUAUCAUCGAGACAGCAAACGAAGAUGAGAUGAAUAUCAAGCAACGUAUGAUCAACAAAGGUCUUAAAGUCACAGAGGAUACUGAAAGCGACACUUACAAGAUCGAGUGUGAUGCAGUGGUAGUGGGCUCUGGAUGUGGUGGAGGAGUUGCAGCUGCAAACCUAGCAAAGUCAGGCCUUAAAGUAGUAGUUCUUGAGAAAGGGAACUACUUUGUGCCCCGAGACUACUCGGCUCUCGAGGGUCCUUCCAUGUUUGAGCUGUUCGAGGCGCAUAGCUUAUUGAUGACUCAUGAUGGGAGGUUCCGGUUCAUGGCAGGGUCAACUCUCGGUGGUGGCUCUGUGGUAAAUUGGGCGGCGUGUUUAAACACACCUGACGCUAUCAUCAAAGAAUGGUCAGUGGAUCGAGGGCUUGCAAUAUUUGCUAUGGAGGAAUAUAAGGCCGCUAUGGACAGAGUUUGCAGGAGGCUAGGUGUCACUGACAAAUUCAUCAAAGAAGGGUUUCAAAACCAGAUUCUGCGGAAAGGUUGUGAGAAGCUUGAUUUGGAAGUGACAGCAGUGCCAAGGAAUUCAUCAGAGAAACAUUAUUGUGGUAGUUGCUCGUUUGGAUGCACAACCGGAGAUAAAAGAGGCACAGAGUCAACUUGGCUGGUCGAUGCAGUUAACAACAAUGCUGUGAUCCUAACAAAGUGCACGGCUGAGACACUGAUCUUGGCUGACACCGAUGCUCAGACAAGAAAGGAGAGCGGACGAAGGAGAAGAUGUCUGGGAGUCACAGCAUCCCUGUCAAUGGGAACUAGAAAGAAGCUUCAGAUCAAUGCCAAAGUGACGGUUGUUGCUUGCGGCUCGCUUAUGACACCGAGACUGUUGGCUUCGAGCGGGUUGAAGAAUCCAAACAUUGGUCGUGGUCUCCAUAUCCACCCUAUCCUGAUGGCUUGGGGCUACUUCCCAGAGAAAAAAUCAGACUUCAAAGGAGCAGCUCAUGAGGGAGAGAUCGUGACUUCACUACAUUACGUUCUUGAAAUGGACUCGACAACACCUAACAUAACGCUGGAGACUCCGGCAAUGGGACCAGGAACGUUCGCAGCUCUGACCCCAUGGGUCUCUGGGGCAGAUAUGAAGAAUAGGCUGGCCAAAUACGCAAGAACAUCUCAUAUUUUUGUAAUGGUGAGAGAUGAAGGUGUUGGAGAUAUGAAGGGAGGCAUUGUCAAAUACAAAUCAACCAAGCUGGACGAAGAGAAUCUGGCGAUUGGGUUAAAGCAAGCACUGAGGAUCUUAGUUGCAGCAGGAGCAGAAGAGGUUGGCACAUACAGGAGCGAUGGGCAGAGAAUGAAAUGUAAAGGAGUCAAAGAGGAGGAAGUAGAGGCGUUUCUAGACACCGUGGACGCGCCACCUGGAGUUGUGUCGAUGAGCAAGCAUUGGACUCAUUCCUUUACGGCGCAUCAGAUGGGAUGUUGCCGUAUGGGUGCAACGGAGAAGGAAGGUGCCAUCGAUGGAUAUGGAGAGAGCUGGGAGGCAGAGGACUUGUACGUAUGUGAUGCAAGUGUCCUGCCUACAGCUCUCGGUGUGAAUCCCAUGAUCACCAUUCAGUCCACUGCUUACUGCAUUUCCAACAGAAUAGCCGAGUUAAUGCAGAAGAAGAAGAAGAAGAAGCAAGACUGA